CACAAUGAAGUUGAAAUUGUUUCCUGUCCAGGCGAUGGCUCAGCAGGCGACGGCGGGGCGGCGCUACCUGCGGGUGUUCGUCAGCGGCUUCUUCGUCGCCGUCCCCAUCACGGUCACCGUCCUCGAUCGAUUCGCCUACGUGGCGCGAGUGGAGGGAGCGUCGAUGCAGCCGUUCCUGAACCCGGAGGGGGGGUCGGACUGUGACGUGGUCCUCCUGAACCGCUGGAGUGUGAGGAACUACCAGGUCCAACGAGGCGACAUCGUCUCCGUCAUGUCCCCCAGGAACCCCCAGCAGAAGAUCAUCAAGCGGGUCAUCGGCCUGGAGGGAGACUUCAUCAGGACUCUGGGCUACAAGAACCGGUUCGUUCGAGUUCCUGACGGUCACUUCUGGAUCGAGGGGGAUCAUCACGGACACAGUCUGGACAGCAACAGCUUCGGACCGGUGUCGAUGGGGCUGCUUCACGGUCGGGCCUCCCACAUCAUCUGGCCACCGAAUCGUUGGCAGCAAAUCAAACCGUCCCUCCCCCCAAACCGAGGACCGCUGGACACUGAGGAAGACGAGGGAUGAACACACACACACACACACACACACACACAUUUCUAUACCUCUGGUAAUGUCAUCUGUCGUCUAACGAGGCGUCUGUUAGCUGAAGGGUUCAGACAGUCAAAGCUGUGUCUGUCUGUACGAAGACAUUCUUACACAUUGGCUUUUUUCUCAAAUGUAAAAUUCAGGAGGAAACAGAUCGUCUCACACUCUGGGAGUUAUUGGACUCUGUAUUGAUUAAGUGUUUUGUUGCUUUCUUCAUUAGCAGUAAAAACGAGGACAGACCAGAGAACAGGGAUUCUAACCUGUGAUGUUUCCAGAUGUCACAGAGAGCUGAAACGACUAAUUGAUUAAUUGAUUAAAUGAUUGACAGAAGAUUUAUAAUAUCUGCUAUUUUAUAAACCAAACAUUUGAUUGAUUAAUUGAGGAAAUAAAAUUAAUAAAUUGGCAGAUUAAUCGAUGCAGCCCUGUUCUGCCUCUGUGCCACAGAUUUUUGAAACUCCACAUUUUCUCUCAUUGAGGAUUUCUUUCAUUAGUUUUUGUGAUAAAUCAUAUUCCUGUUCAUAAUCUCAAAUAAAAGAAGAUCUACUUUAGACCUUAAUAUUAGAAUUUACACUCUUGGGAUUCAUUUUCAUAUUCAAUAUAACAACAGCUUCCAUGAAGUUUUUCCAGCACCUACUUUAAAUUAUCUUUAUUGUUUGUUCCUUAUACAUGACGUCCACCCACACUCUUUUCUCAUGUAAAAUCCAACUUAUUAUCUUUGAUCUCUGUUGUUCCCUCUGAACUCAUUCAGCCUCAGUCAGUCAAGCAUCUCACCUUUACCUCUUGGGCUUGUGGGAAAUUGUGUUUAAACAGAAACAUUAAAUAAACUAUAAUAUGACACUG